GCCACGUGACUUGGUAGGUUUGUCUCGAGUCCCUCAUCAGUACUGUGAUUUACUGUAGUCAUUCAGUCUGGAUGUGGUAAGAAGCGGCGUUAAAAUGCGGAACCUUUCUCUCCUUUUGUGGGUUUUAUUAUUCGUGGACGGUGUGUUUGGUUCUGCUGAAGUUACAGUGUCAGUAUCAGUGAUGAAAGGCGAUUCUGUCACUUUACACACUAAUCUUUCUGAACUACAGAGUGAUGAUAUAAUAGACUGGAUGAGUGAAGAUGGCGUUAUCAUAGCUAAAAUUGAAAACAAGAAAAUCUCAGAAAAGUAUGUUCCUGAAUUCAAAGGUAGACUGGAGCUGGACAGUCAAAAUGGAUCUCUCACCAUCAGAAACAUCACAGCUGAACAUAAAGGACUUUAUAGACUAGAUAUCAGGGGCGGACAUCAACAAUCCAUGAGAUUCAAUGUUACUGUUCGUGAUGAAAUAAAGACAGUAUCAGUGAAAAAGGGAGAUUCUAUCAUUCUACGCACUGGUGUUAUUGAAAUGCGAGGAUAUGAUCAGAUAAUGUGGAAGUUUGAAGACCAUCUUAUGGCUGAAAUCAUAAAAGACGCCAAUCAGUUUUCAUUGUAUGACAGUGCUGAUAAAAGGUUUGGUGGAAGACUGCAUCCAGACCAUCAGACUGGUUCUCUCACCAUCAGUGACUCUGAAACCACAGACUCUGGAGAAUAUCAUCUGUACAUGAGCAACAGCAUGUACACCUUACAGAGGACCAUCAGUGUUACUGUCAGUGGCCUGUCUUUAUUUGUUAUAGCAGUAAUAUGUGCUUUUGUUGCACUGGUGGUGACUGCAUUUGCCUUUGUGGUGUUUCAUUAUCAGCGCAAGCUACGUGUACAAAGACAAGAACGUGACAGAGUUGUCUAAUGAGGAGGCCCAAUGAUGAAGUUUUUAUGAUGCUGUACCUGUGAGUGAUUUCACUGUAGGCAGCAUGUGUGUUUCUUUGUGUGUGUGAAUGUGUGCAUGAUCUGUAUACACUGUCAGAAUUAUUAUAUUUAUUGCUGUGCCUUUUCUGUAUUUUUAUAACAGGUUUCAGUGAAUGUCAAUUCAAUCAACCUCAGUAUCCGCAUGAAUCCAUUAAACAAUCAAUACAUAACUACAAUAACAAUAAUAACAUAUCUAAACUGUAUAAAUGUACAAAAGCUGCAUUUCCUAUAAACACAUAAGCAAGUUUUGGUUAAUAUAUUAGUCAAAACUUAAUCUAUAUUUGAGAGACACAGUUUACAAAAUAUUUGACUCAUACAAUGUGCAGCAAUGCAUGCAUGAGAACUUUGCAUUAUAUAUAUAUAUAUAUAUAUAUAUAGAAAAAGUUCAGAUUCUAUGCUAUUUAUUUAUUUAUUUAUUUUUAAUUCUUCUUGCAUUUCCAUUUGUACUUUGUCCCAUUUCUUCAGCAUAAUAAUAUUUUGUAUGGUUUUUCUUUUGUAUUUUUUUCUUACUGUUUUGCAUUUUGUUUUGUGAAUGAAAUCUGUCCAUUUUUUGUGAAUCUGAAAUGAUAAAUAUGAGCUAAAUGUAUACAUACAGCUGUUCCACUGUCUGAUCAUUUCUGCAUUCUAGUGAACACAGUUUAA